UCUCGUUUGAGGAGACAGGAUGUCGGCUUGAAAAGCCACCUGGAUCAGCUAGACCAGAGAAUAAGUGAGCUGAAAUUGGACGUCAGUAAGACCUCCAGUGAAUACUUGGAUAGUGACAGCAGACCCAGCUCAGGCUUCUACGACCUGAGCGAUGGUGGUUCUUGCUCACUCUCCAAUUCUUGCACCUCAGUGUACAGUGAAUCCAUCUCCUCCUCCCACACUAGUCCCUUGCCUGGCUCUCAACACCCUAAGGCAAGGCUCAGUGUGUUUGACUACCGACCCAAGUCUGCAGAUGAAACUACAGUGCACACCACCAGCCUCCAACAGCCCGGGGCCUGUGUCAGCGAUGGGUGUGGGACUGCAGGCAGCACAGACACUGCUGGGGCUCCUGCCAGGCCCCGACCCAGGCCAGUUUCCACAGGUGACUUGGAAAGACUCGUCCCAGCAGACACUAGAUUUCAGAAGGAGACAGAUCCCAAAUCCAUGUUGCCUCUGUGCCAUGCCCGAGACACGCGCUUGCUCAGCAUGGACCCCAAGUUCCAGAAUGACUUAGUCUCCAAGAAUGGCGUCGAUGUGUAUCCUUACCCAAGCCCCCUUCAUGCCGUGGCUUUACAGAGUCCCCUUUUCUCCCUGGUGGGCACAUCCCCAGAAGCAGACCUCCAGGCUCCUCCCAGCAAACCCAUGCCUAGUGUGACAGAUCCCAUCUUGAUUAGGACUAGGCCAACCACUGAGGCCAGGCCAGGGGGGUACAUCAAUAAAUUACUGCAGCUGACGAGAUGCAAAGGGAACAAUCGGGCCGAUGCCAGCGAGUGGGUUUCAACAAAGAGCCAGCCAGCCACAAUGCACCAGAGACUCAUUAUAUCCCCCAGCGCCGGCGGAGUGAAAAUUAACAGCAGCAGUAGCCAGCUGGAAAAACAAGUGAGUUCUCUGGAAAGUAACAAAGCUGAAAGGAAGCUGCAGAGAGAGGUGCCGGAGGGGGAAUGUGCCAAGCAGCAGGAGACAGUUCGCUGUGUGAAUGAAGAGCAGCCGUCCACUCGGCCUGACACAGAGCCAUCAGCUGUGAAUAGUUUUUAUCCUGCCAAGUCAGCAGCAAGGGGCUCUCCUCUGGCAGAAGCAAAGGAAAGCAGCGUGGAGCACAGUUCAUCCUGCUCACAGCUGUGCCAGGAAGACUCCAGCUUGGACAUCUGGACCACUAAAGCCAUCCCACCCAAAAAGCUGCCCCUCAAAAGGUGUGGCAAUGCCAAAUUGGCUAAUGCUGGCGGUCACGAGCGAGGGGCACGAAGUGAGUUUGUUCACGCUCAGUUCGUCCCUGCAGAAUCCCAUCAAGUGCGGGUCAAGUUUGCCAGCUCCAAAACAAAGGCAGUGAAGAUAAAGAGGAGGAACAGUGAAAAGGCACUGCGGCCUGGGAAGCAAGCCUUUUGCAUGGACAAGGCAAGAAGCUCCCAUGUGGCGGCCAGGCUGCCUGCUGAGUGGAAUCAGCCCCAAAGACCCCACGAACCGAAGAGCCUCGUGCGGAGACCUUCGUAUUCUGGUGAUGUGACUGGCAGGUCGUGCUCGGAGUCCAGCCUGUUCCCCGGGCAGGUCGGGCUUCCCGCGGUGCCGUCCAGGCCGGAGCUCUACAGAGCCUCCGCCGGCGCUCUGUGUCCCCUCGAAGCAGCGUGCGUAGACUCGGCCAACAAGAAGAAGCAGCGCAGGUGGCAGUCCACGGUGGAGAUCUCUGCCAAG